GGUAUACAUCGGCCGCCGACCCUUUCCCCGCCAGCGUGGGUGGGCGGCGCAGUCACCAACCGAUCCCAAGUUCCAACUGGCAGGCGGCGCCAGGCUUCGCGGUUCCAGCGGCCGUUGCCCCGAAUCCAACCACUCUGCCAACCAACGCGCGAACGGAUUGCAGUCGGGAGACCCGGAUUAGCACGACGCCACCGCCGCAGCCAAUCAUCACCGGGCCUCAGCUUAUGCCAACCCAAACUCCACCUCUCCUCCGGAGUCCAAGCCCGUCUGCUCCCCUCCUACGAUUCGGUUCUUCUUCCCUCCUCCCCUAUCAAAAAGAUUCAGGCCCUACCAAGUGCCAACCGUACUCGUCAUACCCUCUGGCUUUGUCUCUCUCGUGUCCCGAUACUUUGCUUCCGGGGGCAGGAAACACGCCGCCGGGGCCCCCGUCUUGGAUAUUUCAGUUUUCAGGUUCUUGGAUCUUCCAGAUUCUCGGUUCUCGAGGGUAGAGGAGAAGAGGAGGGCGUUGAAUUUCCCCUUCUGAUCGUUGUUUCUUGAUCGCCGUCAUGAGUAACACUCUGCUCCGAGUCUCCCCUUCCGACUUGAAGAUGCCAUUCGAGCUCAAGAAGCAGAAUUCGGCGUGUCUGGAGCUCGUCAACAAGACCGAUCAUCGCGUGGCUUUCAAGGUGAAGACGACGAACCCUAGGAAGUACGCGGUGCGGCCUGCCUCCGGUUUCGUGCCCCCCAGGGGAUCGUGCGGCGUCUCAAUUACGAUGCAAGCGCCGAAGGAGAUCCCCCCGGAUUACCACUGCAAGGACAAGUUCCUCGUUCAGAGCAUCGUUGCGGAGGAGGGGACGACGCUGAAGGACAUUGUCCCUGACAUGUUCAGUAAAGUACCAGGUAAGUUGGUCGAGGAGUUCAAGUUGAGGGUGAUCUACGUCCCUGCGAAUCCUCCAUCGCCUGUGCCUGAGGAAGCAGAGGAGGAGGAUUCCCUUGAUUCAGACGUGGACCACGAAGUGGAAAGACCAUCCACGUCCAACUAUAUAUCAGGGCAUGGACAUACAUCUGGAUCACCAACUUCACAUAAUGAGGAUGUCUCCAUGGUAUCCAAGUCAGGAGAGCAGGAAAGUAGAUAUGCAGAGGAAAACAAGAAGAUGCAGAAAGAGCUGGAACUCCUUCGGAAAACAAAGCCGUCUCCUGGGGGCUUUUCGGCCACGUUUGUGCUGCUUAUCUUCUUGUUAUCUUUCAUUCUUGGAUACUACUUGUUUGGAAGCAGAGCUUAGCAACACACGGCCGCGCGGCUCUAUCUUUUCGGCAUCUUUGCUCCUUUUUAGUACAGAAAAUUUAUAUUAGUUAGUCUAUAAUACAGAUAGGUUUCUUUUUUGGGGUUUGAAGUGUCCAUAUUAUAACAGAAUCUUCAGUUUUGAAAUAUACGUGUGUGCUCGGAACAGUUGUGCUGUGUUCAA